CCGUUGUCAUGGCAGCAAGGGGGCGCGACUGACGUGCGGCGGCGUUUCCGGGAAGAUGGCGGCCGUGGAAGUGGCUACCGAGCAGGCAACUGUGGUGACGACCUUCGGGCCAAAGGCAAAGGACGAAGAAGAGGAAGAGGAGGAGGAGGAGGAGUCGUUGCCACCAUGCGAGGCAGUGCGCUGGGCCCCAGUGGGCGCGGUGGCCGAGGCCGGGCCCGGGGCGGCGGCGUUCUCGGAGGAGGCGGCGGCGGCGGCAGCCGAGGAGCCUGGAGCGGCUCGGGGCUCUCCUCCGGACGCGACGGUCCGCGCGCUGCGGCGACUGCAAGCCGAGCGGCGGCAGCUGGACUCGGCCCUGCUCGCGCUGUCCUCGCACUUCGCGCAGGUGCAGUUCCGCCUGCGCCAGGUAGUGCGCGGGGCGCCGGCCGAGCAGCAGCGUCUCCUGCGCGAGCUGGAAGACUUCGCCUUCCGCGGCUGUCCUCACGUCCUGGGUUACGAGGGGCUGGGAGACCCCUGCGGCGGCGGCGAAGGCGAUGGGCUUCCGGAGGACCGGCCACGAGUGCGGGGCGAGGACCGGAGUGAGCAGGAAAAACGAGAGCGUCUGGAAACCCAGAGGGAGAAGCAGAAAGAACUGAUUCUGCAGCUCAAGACCCAGCUUGAUGACCUGGAAACUUUCGCCUAUCAGGAGGGCAAUUAUGACUCCCUCCCGCAGUCCGUGGUCUUGGAAAGACAGCGGGUGAUCAUCGAUGAGUUAAUAAAGAAACUGGACAUGAAUCUGAAUGAGGACAUCAGUUCCCUGUCAACCGAGGAGCUUCGUCAGCGUGUGGAUGCUGCAGUGGCUCAGAUUGUCAACCCAGCUCGAGUGAAAGAACAGCUGGUUGAGCAGCUGAAAACCCAGAUCCGCGACCUUGAGAUGUUCAUCAGCUUCAUCCAAGAUGAAGUGGGAAGCCCCAUGCAGACAAGUGGACACUGUGAGUGCAAGGCCAGCGGGAAGACAGGAACCGGCUCCACCAGAAUAGGCAGCAGCACGCUGCCCCCAGGAGCAGGCAAAACAGCAAAGGCAGAAGAUGUGAAGAAAGUCCGGGAGACGGGACUACACCUGAUGCGUCGAGCGUUGGCUGUGCUCCAGAUCUUUGCUGUUAGCCAGCUGGGCUGUGCCACAGGCCAGAUCCCUCAAACCUUGUGGCCGAGGGGCCAGGCAGACAGAGACUACUCUCCCUUACUGAAAAGGCUGGAAGUGUCAGUAGACAGAGUGAAGCAGCUAGCCUUGAGACAUCAGCCAUAUGACCAUGUCAUCACUUCGGCCAACCUCCAGGAACUCUCUCUAGGAGGCAAGGAUGAGCUAACCAUGGCUGUGCGGAAGGAGCUGGCGGUGGCUGUGAGGGACCUGCUGGCCCAUGGACUGUACUCCUCAUCCUCUGGGAUGAGCCUUGUCAUGGCCCCCAUUGCUUGUUUGUUGCCAGCCUUCUCCUCAGCCCCUGAGACCAUGCACCCCUGGGAGCUCUUUGUAAAGUACUAUCAUGCCAAGAAUGGCCGUGCGUAUGUGGAAUCCCCAGCCCGGAAGCUCUCACAGUCCUUUGCCCUUCCUGUAAUGGGUGGCACUGCCGUGACCCCCAAACAAAGCCUUCUGACAGCCAUCCACCUGGUGCUGACGGAGCAUGACCCUUUCAAGCGCAGUGCUGACUCGGAGCUGAAGGCGUUGGUGUGCAUGGCACUGAAUGAGCAGCGCCUGGUGUCCUGGGUAAACCUCAUCUGCAAGUCAGGGUCCCUCAUCGAGCCCCAUUACCAGCCCUGGAGCUACAUGGCCCACACAGGUUUCGAGAGUGCCCUCAACUUGCUCAGCCGCCUCAGCAGCCUCAAGUUCAGUCUUCCUGUAGACUUGGCCGUGCGCCAGCUCAAGAACAUCAAAGAUGCCUUUUGAUGUGAAUGCCUGACCUUAGCACCCCACACACACACACACACACCUUGCUCUGAAGAGAGAGAUGUCCUAGAGUUCUAGAAUACAAGCAGGGAGUUAGAGGAAGGGUUAGAGACAUUUUCUUUAACCCUUUUAGGUGGUCAGUCUAUUGGAGGCAAAGUCUGUUUUUCUCUUAGAUUAUUAGAAAGAUGUGCCAGAGACUCUCAUCAAAAAUAGUGUCAGGGGCCUUAGAGAUGGUUCACCAGGUAAAGAUGCUUGCUAUCACACCUAGCAAUCUGAGUGAUCCUGGGGACCCACCUGGUACAAGGAGAGAACAGACCUCUCACAAAUUGUCCUCUUACCUCCACACACAAACUGUGGCACCUGUGCAUCCCUGCCCAAACACAGGUAAAUUUAAUAAUAUAAUCUAAAACAGUGUCAGGACUAGAGGUGUCGCUCAGUGGCAUGGUGCAUGGAAACAUAGAAGGCAUGCACACAGCCAGGGCCGAGGACGUUAAGAGCAAGUGGAAAGAGCUGGCCCUGACCCACCACAGUGCACCAGUUCCACUGGGUAGGAGCCUGUGUUAACAGAAUCAGUUACCACACAUAGCUAAUGCCCAACUCACUGUGGCAUGUCUGAUUUUUAGAAAAUUCAGGUUGUGCCCACCAUUCUGUUCAGCAGCAAGUCACUGUAUGAGGGAGUUCUGGAAGACACUGAACUUUAGGCUCCUGUUAGUUAAGUUGGGAGCAGUCUUCUUUAUGAGAAGCAGCUGUAAGAGCCCGAGGGCCAGAACUGUAAUUCCAGGUAGGAAUUCUGAUUCCCCUUUCUUGUAAGGGAGUCUUAAUGUGAGUCUAAGAUGAGAACAGCAGUCUCCCUGCUGAGGUAAUCCUCACACACAGACAGUGCUGUCCUGGUUUCGAAAAAUGACAGCUGAUGGUGGGUACCAUCUCUAGAAAGUCACUUUCCUCUGUGAACCUCUCAGGGCUGAUAGUCUUUGGAAGUGAAAGCAUUCAAAAAAGUCCUUGCACUCAAGAACACACAGCACACAGGGAUGAGCGGUACAGCCCCCGGGGUCACCCGCUGGCACCACUUGUCUGAAGAAUGGCUGACGGGGAAGGUUUGCUCUUGCAGUGUGGCCAGCAGCGGGGCCGGGAAUUACUACCAAUCUCCUUACAGACCAUGCACUUGACAUCUGUGAGAGUAAUUCCCUUGUCUUUCAGCAUGCAGUGAGCACAUGCUCCAGGACUCACCAAGGAUGGGUGAACUAAACUGCCACUUGGUUUUGUUCCUGUGAAGUAAACUUUAACUUAUUUCAGUGACGUGUCACUUAAGAUGCACCAUUGACAUUUAAUGGAAAUACAUGCAGUUUCCCUGUGAAACACAGUAGUGUUCCGGGGCUUGGGAUGCAAUAGUAAUAGAGUGCUUGCCUGGCAUGUCUGAGACGUGGUUUUAUCCUCAGCACCACCCCCAAGGAAAAAAAAGAAAAUUGUAAAAUAUCAUAAAUAAUGAUAUAUCUGUGAUUGAUAAUAAAAUUACAGUAUUUUGUGUA